AUGUUUCCGUUUUUAACGCCGAUUAAACAACCAAACCAUAUCGAACGAAUUGAAAGUAAAGUGUGUUUCGUGGAGAUGACAUUUUUGGCAGCAUCUCCUUUUGGGAGUCGCGCUAACUCGUCCGCAAGUACACGUUUCCCAUCUGCUUUGUGCAGUGAACAAUCAUCUUCAGAAUCGAAAAUCACAGAAGGUUUUAAAGCUAUACAAACCACAUCGAGACCAUCAAGUCGACAAAAAUCAAAGACUGCGAUGUCAACACAACCUACUGCUGUGCGUUCAGAUAAAUCCUCUCCAGUUCCCGUGAAAGAGUGUGUCCCUCAGUUUACGCGACAUAAAAAUAAAGGAUUAGAAAUGUCUCCGGCUAUGAUGGAACUGUUUGGUGCAAGCAAUAAGCAAGUAUGUCCUUUCUCAUCGGGUAGUAAAGCCAAGGAACCAAGUGAUGAAAGUUGUACGAAUAAGUACGAACAUAUUGCGUUCAAAACAGUAAGAAAUAGUGAGCUCUCGCAACCUGGGCCUGAAUGGUUUGAAGGUUUUGAAAAAUUGGAGGUGAUUGGAGCAGAAGUUCCAAUAAUUAACAUUUUUACAGAAACUUAUCCUCGUUUAAACGAUGGCAUAAAUGUAUCGGAACAUACUGAUUCCGUUGAGCCAGAAUAUCAUGAACGGAUAACCAAGCCCUUGAAACGUCAAAAUCGAAAUCUUAAUAUCGCAGCCGAAUCACUUCCCGGCCCUGAUAUUGGAGUUGAAAUCGAAGAGGAUAUAGACGUUUGCAAUGUCGUGUCACUUACUGACGAAACACACGAUGUUGCAGUCGAUUCGCCAACAAAAGAUUGUAGUGAUGAGCAGAAGGGAGGAAGCGACAAGCUUCCGUCGACCACCAAAAAUGGUGGAGAGAGUGCAGAUUGUGAGAGACACGGAUCGACAAAAGACGCAGAGGAUACGAGAAACGACGCUACCCACGAAAAAAAGGAAAACGACGCUUCAAAGAACGGCGGUGGUGGCGUAAUGUCCAGCAUAUUGAUUAAAAGUGCGCAAAUUAUCAACGACGAUUCAAUAUUCAUUUCUGACGUACUCAUAGAGGAUGGAGUCAUUAAAAAUAUCGGUUGUAAUCUCGAGGUCCCGUCUACUGCGGAAGUCAUUGAUGCAAACGGAAAAAUGCUUAUUCCAGCUGGCAUUGAUGUUCAUACCGAAAUCACAUCACCAGAGUCAUGUGAUGAUAUUGUAACAGGAAGUAAAUCUGCUCUUGCCGGUGGAACAGCUACAAUAAUUGAAGUAAUCUCACCAAAUCUGGGCGAAUCACCAUUUUCUGCUUUCAAAAGGGUUCGCAAUUGUUUUGACAAAGCGUUAUGUAACGUUGCUGCUUCCGUACUUAUUAAUUCUUGGAGCGAACAAAUAAAAACAGAUAUGGAAAAGCUUGUUCUCGAAGGUGUAAAUAACUUUGUCAUCAAUGUUGACGACGAUCAAAAAUUGUUUCAACUUUUCGAACAUUGUCGAAAAAUUGGAGCGUAUGCACGUGUAGUUCCUGAAAAUCAUUCUAUUGUUUCAAUCUUGGAAAAGAAGAUGUUGGCACUUGGAAUAAACGGCCCUGAAGGAUAUCCCCAAUCUAGACCAGAAAUUUUGGAAUUCGAUCGCGUCAACAAAGUAUGUGUUUUGAGUCAACUAUCAAACUGUCCCAUAUCCAUCAUCUCGCUGUCGUCCCAAGAAUCGUUAGAAGCAAUUGAAAAGGCACGUAGCCUUGGAACUCUAGCACAUGCUGAAAUUGCCUCGGCUGCUGUUGCCACAGAUGGAUCACAAUAUAUGUCGAAAGAUUGGAAACAAGCGGUUGCUCAUUUAACUCAAGUACCUUUACGAAAGGGAGCAUCAGAUCGCUUGAUUUCAGCAUUAGCGAGCCAACCUCUUGUGAUUUGCUCAUCGGGACACAAAGCUAUAAACGUAACAUCUAGACCCGCUUGUAAAAACUUUAUUUCGAUGCCUAAGGGGUCUGUUGGAGCUGAAGAAAGAAUGGUUGUUGUGUGGGAAAAAGCUGUAAGGACAGGGAAAAUUGAUCCAAUGCGUUUCGUGGCUAUCACUUCUUCGAAUGCCGCUAAGGUUUUCAAUAUGUAUCCUAAAAAAGGACGAAUUGCUGUUGGGGCCGACGCAGACCUAGUUAUUUGGGAUGGGACUGUUAAAAAGACAAUUUCUUCUUCUAUUUCCCAAUCAUCUGUGGAUUACUCAUUAUAUGAAGGCUUUACCGUCCAUUGCUCUGUGUUUGCUACAAUAAUUAAUGGAAUAGUGGCUUAUAAAGAUGAAACUAUAAAAUCGAGCGGGAUUUCCGGAGGAUUUUUAUCAUUGUCGGCUAACAGUCCAUUUCUAUUUAGCGUUGUUAACCAGCGUGACAAGUUUUCCGCAGUGGAAAGAGUUGAUCGUGAAAUAAAUGAUGAGAAACAACAAACAAAUGGGAAUACACCAAAAGUGAACGAGUUUGAUCGUGAACUUAUGCAUUUUGUGAAAAAAGUUCCAACAAGUGAAGAAGAACGUGAAUUAAAAAGGAAGGAGAACGAAAAGAGGUCAAAACAGUUUUUAAAUGUUCGGAAUAAAAUUGUGGAAAAGCGCGAAAAUGUUGAAUAUGACGAUGAAAUGUUAUCGUUGACUCAAUCCGCUUUGGAAAAGAACGCAGAUAUUUACACUUUUUGGAAUAUACGUCGUAUCACAAUUUUGAAGCGACUUGAAGCAAAUGAGAUAGUCCAGAAGGAUUCCGAGGUUUCUCAAGACGAAAAAACCAAAUCUCAACGAGACGUUGACAAUAUUUUAGUUGGAGAGUUAAGUUUAUCCUAUGAGUGUAUCAAAAGUAAUCCAAAAUCAUACUCAUCUUGGUAUCAUCGCGCAUGGGUGUUGGAACGGCAAAGCUGCCCAGAUUUCUCAAAAGAGCUUGCUCUAUAUAACUUUUCUAAUUAUAGUGCUUGGCAUUAUAGAUCGAUAUCCUUGAAAAAGUUAUACAGUGAAACAACAGGUCAAUUCACGUUGGAUCAGGAGAUCAUUGGGAAGGAAUUGCAAAAGGUGAAAUUUGCAUUUUACAUGGACGCGGACGAUCAGAGUGCAUGGAUGUAUACAAGAUGGCUUCUCGAGGCAGGUUCCGGAAAACAAUUUCUGCGACCAGACACAUAUAUACCCAUCGAACUAGUUUCUGCUUCUUUUCACGGGACUAAUACAACGUUGGUCUUUACUAGGGCAAUAAGUAUCGAUUAUUUGCUGAGUUUCGUAAACACAGAGGACCGUACAAGGUGGAGGGGGUUUUCUUCAACUUCGCCAUGUCCAAAAUCAAGCAAAGUAUGGCAAUAUCUCUCAGACGCACCACUUCGAAUUAUUACUUCGCUGAGCAGUGAAACAUUAAAAUAUAUCGAUAUUUCGGAAAAAAAAUUUGUUAACACCAAAUUAAUUCGAAAAAUUUAUGGCACAUGUAGCAUUGAACUUCCUAGUUUAAUUUCCGAGCUGCUUGCAGACUGUUCUAAAUUAAUAAGUUUAGAACCAAACAAUAAGUGGCCGCUUUACAUGCAAACUCUUAUUCUAAUUGAGUACCAACCCAAUUCGGAAUUCAACACAAUAAUCAAUAAUUUGAAAAAAUUGGAGACUGAACUUGAUACUAAGCGAAGCAAACUAUAUCGUAAUUUAGCAUCUCGACAAUGUCUCAACGCAGCUAUUAGAGAAAAUGAUUUAUUAGAAAAGUUACUUCGUGGCGAGACUGACUACGUUAAAGUAGCAAACUGUAAAUUAAAUUCCCUAGAAGGAAUUGAAUAUUUAUCAGGAUUAAUCGGACAAGCAGAUUUUAGUGGAAAUGAGAUACAUGAUAUAAGAAGAAUUGUGUUACCAAACGCUUACCAUAUCAAUCUAAAUGAAAACCCAAUUAAAAAGCUACUACCAAAUGCAUCUCUGUCUCAUCUCAAAUUUAUAUCUGUUGCUUCGACAGAAAUUGCGAAUGUAGAGGAUGUUAUGCCCUUGCUUCAAGUAACGCCCUCUCUUGAAAAAUUCAUAUUUUGCGAAACUCUUCUCGUUGACCAAAGAGUCGACCUGGCCGAACAAUUACCAGGCGUACGUCUCAUUCCGUAUUGGCUAUAA